CAAAGAAACAACUUGUUGAAUGUACAAUCGUCCUUUAUCAACAAUAGCAUAUUAUAAAUUAAGUUAGAGAUAAACGAAACCAAUUGAGCGCUUAGAUUUAUAUUACCCCAACCAAAUGCAGAAAAGCAACAGAGCGUGGCGGAAUUUUGUGGCCGCUAAGAAAAAUUCCACUCAGUUUUUUAGAUCUUCAAAACUACGUUAUGACUUAAUAUAAUUCUGAUGGCAAUCCAUCUUGACAGCAGAUGUGUCCAAAAAUUGUGAUGUUUACUACUUUUUCACCAAGAGAACAAAGAGCUUAACUUACAAAAUUAUUGAAGCGCUAUUUCUAUGCGCAUCUUAAAGUAGGUGCCAUCUGGGUCGUUGUUUAUGUCAUUAAUUCUGCGGAACCAAAACUGCCGUUGAUGGUCUAUCAUUUCAGCUGUCACAUUUUCGAUGGUAAUAAAUGUCCCAUGUAAUGUUCUGUAGUUAUUCCAUUGGGUUUUAAUGUCAUUAUACAGCACAAUUUCUAUCACAUCAUUUGAAUAAACUUGCCAGUCAUUUGGCAAAAUACACAAGUACCGCAAUGGCAUAUUAAUCGUUUUGAAUAAACUAGAAAAAUAGACACUGUUUUAUAUCACGUGUUGAGUGGAUGAGAUCCAGAUGUUCACUCGCAAACAUAGUAUUGAAAAAACCUAAGUGCAAUCGUAAAAAUAAACAUUUCGUUGGCAAUAAAAAACAAACCUUAUCAGACUACGUUGGAUUCAAAGUCAUCGGAAGGUCUUGCAUACAGUAAUACGACUUGCCAAUAUAUAAACCCGGAAUCUUUAUAUUUUAGUCUUCAAACUCUAUGAGUCAGAGAUUCUUGAUCUCCUGGCGAAAUUGUGUUCCAUUAUAUGUAGUGUCCUCUGAUUUGUAGAACCGUAUGAAACUGCCGUAGUCCCGCAGUCGUACACGCGCUCCGAGCAAUUGCAUGGAUUCUCCGUUUAUUGCACGGUAACGUUUAAAAUAUUUUUGAACAACUUUCACAAUCGUUUUUUCUAAAGUCGAGAUUGGACACUUUUUCCACUCGUUUGGCACCAUACACAAACCGUGAAUACAGCGGUACUUGAAAACACGUAGAGUCAUGGUAAAAAUGUAUGUUACCCGAAUAACACUUAAGAUUCAAAUAAAAUCCAGCAGGAAGACUGAUAUCAACUCCCAUCUGCAUGAUAUGAAGAAGAGACUAUUCGGGACAUUCCGACAAUAGGUCACGCGCCGGAAAAACAAAAACAAAUUUUAGGGAAACCCGAUUUUUAUGCUACUGUUCUAUAUUCGCACAAAACCGCACACGCAAUCAAAAACUUAUCCUUCAAACAGCAAUGGGUGUCAUUGUAACCCUCAACUAUUUUCAAUCGGGUUUCUUUCAUUUUUUAACUGGAAAUAGAACCAGCUUCGUUAUCUAUCGUCAAUUGGGACCAGCUUACUUCUUUGAAAAAUUCACUGUUCAUCUUUCAGACUAAAGACUUGUAUUGACAAAACCACUCACGGACUCAAAAUAACUUACGUGCAAAAGUAAAAAGAAGGUUCCACAAUUUAUUCAACAAUCUAUUUUGUAAAUUCUUGGUGUAUUGGUCAUUUUUUCACUGGGAUUAGAAUGUGGCACCAUAUGUCACAAUUUCAUCUCACAGACGUGUCUCAUUAAAAGGUUAAUAGUAUCAUUUGAAGUGAUAACAAUAAAACGUAAAACUUUAUCUAAUAGGUAUCGAACAUGUUGUUUUUGAGAGAACCAUAACGAAUUUCGAUAGUAUGUAAGCGUCACAAGUUCAUGACUCAAAACAUAAAAUCGUUGUGUAAUUAACUUUACUAAUAUUUUAGACAUUAAAAUCUCUGGUCUAGGAGUCUCAGAUCAUUAACUGAAUUGUUAUGAUGAUUAAAUGAUGUAAUAAUUAAAAGCUAUAUGCUUUCUAACCGUUCAUUAAUUAAAAAGUAUAUUAGCUUUUCUAAUUGUAAGCUAGAACUAUGAAACGAAUGUGAAAUGUGUUAUAACACUGGCACAUCCAAUCUAAGAUAUCGAUAUAUUCUAAUAUUGUAUUAACUCGGGAGCUGAAAUUGAAAUGAACGAUUUUUGCAUACAAAAACAAGGUUUGAGUCUAGUCAUGAAAGGGCGGUAUUAAUAGAAUAUCGACUGCGUCAACUGAAGUUUUUUGUCAUAAUUUCCAUCAGGUUAAUAAGCACAGAAAUGGUGACUUAAUACGGUCUCCGGAUGUGAGUGAUGCAGUGUACAAUGAGUAGGAUUCAACCGCAGAAAGAAAUACCAGAUUACGAUUACGUAGAAACAAACAAUAUGAAAGUUAAUCAUUAGCAUUAGAAUGAAUCAACGAAAAGACAGAAGUGUUAGUUGUUGACACGAGCUGCACUGAAUAAAUUGUUUUGUAACAACAAAAUAAGAUUACUGACCGUAACAAAUGCCAGCAUUGAAAUACGGUGAUACUUUUCUUAUUUGUAUCAUCCAUUCUCAUAACAAAUCCAUUUGCUAAUUAUGAUGCAAUUUCAUUUGUUACCAUAACAGUUUUAGUUAUUACCGUAAGCUAAUCAUUUUUGUCACUAUGAAAAAAACUUUGUUAUUCCAUCUUUUGUUAUGAUGAUGAAACUCUUUAUUUUCGUGAAUACUUACAAUCAAUAAUUAUAAAUACUUACAAAAAAUAAUUAUAAUAUUUUAUUAUUUAUUAGUUACACCAUACGGGGGGGAGUAUGUAUAUAUAUAUAUAUAUACUCCCCUUUGAUAUAACUAAUGAUAGAAUAAACAUAAAAAAUAAAAUUAAGCCAGAUAAAGUUUAUUUUGUGCCUUGUAAUAUUCUAGCCCAUAAAUCAUUUUAUUAUUGUUCUGUUCAUAAAUAUAAGUGCAAACACUACAAUGCUGAAUUUUCAAUAUUAUGUAGAUAACAUCUGUAUAAUAUUGUAAUGAUGUCAGGUGCAACAAUAUAUUCAUCAGAAUUAAAAUGAAAAAGCCGACAAAAUUGAGCUUAUGUCGACAAGCGCUUGAAAAGAACGACAAAGUUCUGACAAAUCUGAAUCGUCUUAUUGCAUCAAAGAUGAUACAGUAAAACACAAUGAAUUUAAACAAAACUCUUUGCAGCUUGUGAAAUCUUACAGCUUUCUGAAUAAUGAACAAAAAUAUUGAACAAAGUUUUAUUAUAAAGUACUUAAAGCGAUGACAUCAUCUGCUAAGAAAAAAUGACUCUAACAAAAGUAGUAGUAUUAAUUCACUUUUUAAAGCUUGAUAGUCUUAUGUAGAAAAUUUCAACAUAGCGAUCGUCCCUAGUACGAACUUCACAUGGCUCUAUACAAAUUGCAAAGCUUUUGUUAAAAUACUUACCAGGAGUGAUUUCUUAGUAGAAAUUUUCAAUUUAAAAAUUACUUGGCAGUAAUGUUUACUUACCAGAUAUUUCUGUUCAGACAUUCUUAUCUCCCGCGGAAAUCGAUUUAUUUGUAAGAUAUUGCCUUUAUUGUCUGCGAACUGUACUGUUGUAAAUUUCAUCUAAGUACUUCAUACCGGCGCAAAUUUCCGAGACAUUUGUUUAAUUUUUAAAGAACCAUCAUGAUGCGGCAUACAUUUUAAUUUCUACAUUAUUUAAAAAACAUAACCGAAAUUCUGAUUUUUCCUACUAACUUGAUAAUUAUUAUGGAGCAAUAACCAUUUAAGUUACGUAUCUUCUAAAUGUCAAGAUAGCCUCUGAUCUCGCAUUUAAAUCGGAGUGGUUUAUAAAUAAGUUAUUACACAAUGACAAGAAAUUUCGAUGCAUCAUUUUUCUUGGGCAUAGGUCACGUAAUCAUAAAGCGACUUGUUUUUCUUCAGUAAGUACUAUCCAGUCAAUUAGUUCACACGUUUAUCGUUUCUUCCCAUUCAACGUGAUGACUCAACCAGUCUUAUAUAAAUAUUCUGUAAUACAAUUCCCCGGGUCGUUUGAUUCAUCAGUGCAUAACUCAUACGUUUGUAUUCCUAAUUCAUGGAUCAUAAAUCGUGACGAAAAGAAAGUAAUAGUCGCGGUUCCAUCUAAUGAAGAAGUACCAGUGUCAAUGAGCUGCAUCCUCAAUAAUGGACCACCAUCAUCGCACUGGAAAACGUAUGCGGGCACACUGAAAUAUGAAACUGAUAACUUUGAAAUGGCACUUCAGUUUAUAGUAUGGAAAUGUAAGUCUACAUGUCAAUUGAGCCAAUCUACGGGUGGAUUCCGUGCAGAUUUGACUACACUAAACAGAAUUCCGGAAGCAAGAUUACCGAUGACGAACGAAGCUAGUACAUCAUUUUCAUCCACUGAUGCAAUCACAAAAUUAAAUUUCGUCACGAUGUUACAGAUAGUAAAACCGAUGAUCGUCAGCUUGUUGGGAUACGUCGAUACGAUAAUUGAAUACAAUCAAAACAAAUCUUUGUUUAACCCCGAAAAUUAUCGUGGUGAAAAUAAUAAUAGCGAUAACUUAGUCAAUUUCACUCAAAUGUCCAAUACGUGCGUAACUUUGUUCCAGGAAAUCAUGCAAAAUUAUAUUAACUCACAUAAUUUAAAACUGAUGUCAAAAAACUCAACACCAAAUGAAAUAUUAUCGCUGGAAACUAAUAUUUACAAAGAAAUUAUGUCUUUUCUUGAUCUAACAAUAAUGAUGAUGAAAGGUGACAUACUAAAAUAAUUAUUUACUGUAAC